AUGGUCAUUGGUAUCUACAAGUCUGAGCAGUUUUCUGCUGCUCAAAACCAAUGGAUUGAGAACGAGGAUUUAAAGAUUGAAAUCACUGUCGAGGAACUCCCUCAGGGUCAUAAAAUUGUUGAUACCAAGAGUAAAUCAUCUGGUCGCUUUACAUUCACUUCUACUGAAUCCGGAGAUCAUGCUAUUUGUCUUUCUGCUUCCUCCAACUCUUGGUUUGAUAGCUCAAAAACUAAAAUCACACUUGAUAUGGAUUUCGAUGACCCAACUGAUCACCACGAUCACAACGCUGAAGGUGUUUCUGACUUGGUAAAGAGAGUCCAUGAAUUGAACGAACGUGUUGAAGAUAUCCAAAUUGAACAAAAUGCUCAACGUGAACGAGAGAAGGAUUUCCGUGAUCAAUCUGAACUCACAAACUCUCGUGUUGUUUGGUGGACAAUUGCUCAGCUCAUUGUGCUUGGUGUUGUUUGCUUCUGGCAAAUGCAUUACUUUAAGAAUUUCUUCAUGGCAAAAAAGCUUGUAUAA